AUGAAACAUAAAACCUUAAUAGAAAUAAUAUAAAUUUAAUUUUAAUAAAUAUUAUGGAUUCAAACAAAAGAGGAAUAAAAUAAUGAAAUCUAAGAAGCAUAAUAGGUAAUUGAUAAAAUAAAUUAUUUAGUUUAAAUUAUCAUUUAAAAGGUUACUAAAUAUGUUUGUAAUGGAAUCAGUGUGGUAACUUUGAUUUGUUUAAAUAGAGUUAGUUCUACGUGAAAUAAUUGAAAUAUGAAAUAACUUAUUUAUAUAUAAAUAAUUAUUAUUAUUGAGUGAUGUCCAAAUCAUCUAAAUCCAGUCGUAAUUUAUGUGUUUCUACUUUAUAGGAAGUAGCCCAUCCAAGAGUUAACAUCAGAGUCCAAGUCCAAAAUCGAAAUCAAAUUCACAUCCAAAUUAAGGUUAAUCACACAUCAUCAUAUAUCAACAUUCAAAAUACCUCACUAUCAACUACUUCAACAUUAUCAACAUAUAGAAAAAUUAUGCCUCCAUGUCUCCAAUUUGUCCAAGCGAGUUACCGAUGCCGAGUUGAAAGAAACCUUCGAGAAGUAUGGCCAAAUUGAAUAUGCCACUGUCUGUAUGGAGCCCCGAAGCAAGGGGUAGUAAUCAAUUUAUCCCUAAUUUAUCUUAGUCCUGGCAAAGUAUCUAGAGGUUUCGGAUUUGUCAAAUUUACCAAAAAAGAAAGUGUCCAAAUUGCCCUAGAGUCUACGCAAGACAAAGAAUUACAUGGAUCAAAAAUUAAAGUGGAAGUUUCUAAAAGAGCAGAGCCAAGAAGAAAAACCCCAGGUAGAUAUGCUGGCUAUGCAUAUCGUCGAUCUAGAUCUAGAUCACAUAGAAGAAGAAGAUCUAUAUCAUCUGACUCUUAUUCUAGUAGUCGUAGAAGACAUCAUAGGUGUUUCAUUUCAAUAAAUAUUUCUAGUCGUCGACGACAUUACAAAAGAAGAUCAAUUUCAAAAUCCCCUUCAAGAAGUCCAAGUUUGAGUCAUAGAAGAAGAAGAAGAUGAAAAAUUAGAUAAUAAUUCAAAUUAUUACAAAAUUAUUUAAC